CAACUGGAAACUGAGGUUACUCCACCUGGUGUAGUGAGCCUGGAAAUUGUGCCAUCACAGGAGGGGAAUUAUCAACACCACAUUUCCACCAUUGUUACAGGGCUCCAGAAAUAGCAUUUUUCUAACUUUUCUAAGUGUGUAAUUUCCUUAUGCAUAAAAUUUCCUCUGAUGUGUGUUUGUCUCAUCGCACUAAAAUUAUAUGGGUUGACUCUGCUGCAUUUUGUGUGAUUGUAACAAAAUAUGUUUGAACAU